UAUUGGCAUGUUGAAAAGUAAACUCUGUUAGUUUUGUGUAAAACGAAUGAAUUUAUUUUCAGUUAUAAAAGUGAAGUAAAAACUUUCUUGAAGUUAGUUUAGUAGAAUCUUGUUUUUUAGGUUGGGAGUUUUUCAAGUGGAUGUUGGCGGCUAUGGAGCUCAAUGUCAUGCCUCAAGGUAAACUAUCGAUGACGUCAGUGGACGUCAUUUAACAAGUGGGAGUGGAUGGAUGGAUAUCGGCGACGGUUGUGGUUUUCGCGAAUCGCCCUCGAUAUCUGCAGGCGACCUAACCGCUUCGACGCGAUAAUGCUUCGAGUGUCUUAGCGAUGCAUGAUCGCGAAGGCGGUUCUAAACGGGUAAAACCAAAGGUUCUGAGCGUAUGAUCAAAAUUCAAGAUAAUCGCACGUGUUGUGAGUGGUGUCGUGUUGAUGAAACAUUGUGUAGUUUCUCGCGCGGUGUGGUAGAUGGAAAAUCACCAAAAUACAUUUGCGCAUGCCCGCGCCCGCAUGACGUCACGAAAAUUGUGGUUUUGAUCAAACUCAGGAGCUGACACUCGUGUGCACUUAAUUUUAUUUUGUUUUAUAUUUUUUUCAUUAAUCGUCUAUUACCUCAGAUCUUAAGUUUAAAGACAAUGCUAGUGUGUGAAAUAAAAUAAUUGAAACUUAAGUGGUGCUUAGAAGUCAGAGAAACGCGUUAAAGAGUUAUAAGAUAGUGUAAGAUAGAGAAAGAGAGAAUAUAAACGAGUGAGAGAGAACGAGAGAACGGCGCGAGGAAGAAGAAGUGAGUCCCGUGCUCGGUGCAGGAGAAGAGACGCCGCGGAAACGGAGCCGAGCCGGUGCAGAUGAGAAGGGAGGAGUGGAAAAUAAAGAAAGAAAUAAUAGAAAAAAACUGUUUUCAACAUUCCAUCCGAAAAAUUGAUUGUGCGACCACUUAACUGUAAAAAAUUGCAACAAUGGGUAGAAAGAAGAUACAAAUUUCUCGCAUCACAGACGAGCGGAAUCGUCAGGUGACAUUUAACAAGCGAAAAUUUGGUGUGAUGAAGAAAGCUUAUGAGCUUUCGGUGCUAUGUGACUGUGAAAUUGCCUUGAUAAUUUUCAGUUCAAGCAACAAGCUUUACCAAUAUGCUAGUACUGAUAUGGACAAGGUACUCCUUAAGUACACUGAGUACAACGAACCUCACGAGUCUCUUACUAACAAGAAUAUCAUCGAGGCCCUCAACAAGAAGGAGCAUAAAGGUGCAAUGUCUCCGGAGAGUCCUGAACCUGAUGCAAGUGAAUACAAUCUUACUCCCAGGACCGAGGCGAAAUACAACAAGAUUGAUGAGGAGUUUCAGAUGAUGAUGCAGAGAAACCCGCAUAAUGGAACAAGGCAAACAAUUGGACAAUCAAAUUAUACAUUGCCUGUGACAGUGCCAGUCAAUACGUAUGGAGAAUCUCUCCUGGGAUCUAGUCCACAGAUGGCUCAUACCAGCAUUUCCCCUCGACCGUCGUCGUCUGAGACUGAUUCAGUCUAUCCUCCUGGUGGAAUGUUGGAAAUGAGUAACGGUUAUCCACCGUCAGCCUCACCUCUUGGAGGAUCACCAAGUCCAGGACCAUCGCCAGCACUUGGCGUUGGCGGUGCAAAUAAGGGUGCCAAUCCGUCCCGUCAUUCGCCGCAACCUCCACCACCUCCUCACCCCCACAGAGCUAAUUUACGAGUUGUUAUACCUACGCCAUUAACGCAAUCGCUCUCUGAAGAUACUAAUUACGAUGGAGGACACACACAGACUGCAUUAAAUACACCGGUUGUAGCACUACAAACUCCAUCAGUACCAGCUGGAUACUCAAGUUAUACAUCAUCGGACUUCUCUUCGGAUCUUGGUAGUCUCACGUGGUCUCAUCAGAGGUACGUUGAUGACUUAUCAAUGUACUCAGCAGCCACCAUGUCCAGCAUCAGCAGCCUUCCUCAUUUAGCAGUAUCCAGUAGCACACCACCACCAUCAACGUCGCCCUUACCAGUAAAAAUAAAAAGUGAACCAAUAAGUCCCCCAAGAGACCCUCACAACAGCAAUAGUGGUCCAGGUGGAGGAGGCAAUAUCAGUGGGCCAGGUUCGAGUAAUUUACAUCAUACAAGUCUUAAUGUUGGUCCACCACCAAAUAGUGCAGCUGGACCACCACCACAUCAUAUAACUCAUGGAGGACCACAGACUUUGAAUCUCGUUUCAAGUCGGCCAACAAGUAAUCCACCUCCUUCACAUUCUGGAAGUAUAACGCCAACGAAUUUACCAUCACCGGGAGGUGUCGGAGAUAUGAGAACAAGUCAUGUAGGAGCAGGUGGUAACGGUGGAGGAAGCAAUUCUGAUUACGAAAAUGGACCUUUAAUGAAACGUUCAAGGAUUACGGAGGGAUGGGCUACCUAAUGUCGGGUGAAUCUACGACCCUACUGGUCUUAUCCUGCUUCAUCGUACAAUGGCCAAUAAGAGGAAAUAGAAUUAUACACAAGUGCUCGCUGGUGCCAGUUGGUUUGCCUGCAAACAACAUUUUUUUCAGCCUCGGUCAUCAUUGCUUGCUGUCUUACUUGAUAGCACUUGAAGAAUAAUACUAAAAACAAGGAUUAAGCAAAAAAAAAUGACUCGUGACUUUAUGUACUUUUUAUGAGCUUUUUUGGGGUCAACUGCAAUAUCCCAAUGUGUGGAUUAAUCUGUUAAAUAUUUCUGAGAAAUGUAAACACAGAGGAGCUGUAAGAGAGAAUUAAGUUUUGGAGAAUAAUGAAUUGAUAAUUGCGGUGCCAUAAUAAUGUUGAAACUUUACAUAUAUAUAUACAUAUAUAUAUUAUUAAAAAAAAUAUAUAUAUAAAAUAUACAUAUAUAUAUUUUCAUGUGUAUAAUAAAAUAAGAAGUGUUGUUUGUAUAUAUGUCGAGAGAGAAAUGAUUUGUUGGUAUGGCACUUAGACUCACAGGUGUAUCCUGAAUAAAAUUGACGCUCGAUACAUCUCACUCACGCAACAAAUUACUUUUAGCAUUAAAGAAAUAAAUUAUAAAAUUAAUAAUAUUAGUAAGGAGAAAAAAAAACUCACGAAUUAACAAAUAAAAAGUGCAUUGGAGAUGUGUUAUAGACGUCAUUGACGUAGGAAAAUAGAAAAAUAAAUUCUGAGAAAUUAGCCACACCAAGAGAUUGAUAAAAAAUCUACAUAAUGUGUGAGAUUGAUGCAAGAUCAGAAUUUUAAUGUUAGUUGUUUGUUACAUUUGCAUGGUAUGGUAGUCUAUCAGCAGCAUAAUCCGUUGAUAAUAACUUUACCUCAUAAUUAUUGUGUGUGAAAGUUGUAUUAUCUCAUCUAUUUUUUAAUAAUAUUUCGCAAAUAAUUUUUUUAUUAGUAAUUAAUAAAUUAAUCAUUAUUUGGGCCCACGAGUAAUUGAUCUAGUCAAUUGAAUUAUCAGUACUAAAAUAAACCAAAAUUUGGUAUUGGAUGCAACCCCAAAAUUGCGAGAAAAAAAAAUAGAAUUUUUUAUAUAAUCGACAAAAAAAAUUUUCAAUUUUAAAAUUAAUAUUUGUUUAUUAUUUUAGUUUUGUUUUUUGCCAUAUAAUUAUAUUACCAAUCUGGUACUUAUAAUCAGAUUAUAAUUGAUUGAAUAAAAUCAAACCAACAUCGAUCUCAAUAACGAAGGAAGAAAAAUGCAUAAAAACUUUCUGUUUUUUAGUCAAACAGAUUUCACUAUUAAUAAAAAAGUCAAUUUUUAAUAUUAAAAAAAAAAUAAUAAUUCUAAUAAUGAUGUAUUGGAACCUAAAUUUUGUUUAAAAUUUUUAACAAAAUGACCAUUAUAUUUUUAAAACUGAGAAAGUUUAAUUGACGGUCUAUGUCUGCUGGCAAAUGGUAAGAAGUCGGCUGCUGUACUAAAAAAAAAUAUAUAUGAUAUUCUGUGAGAAUGAGAUUCGAAAUUAAUAUAUUAAAGUAUGAAAAAAAUUUAAUGAUAGUUGAGUAGAUAAAAAAACAUUUAUGUAGUGUUAAUUAGUUGAUCGGUGAUGCUAAAAAUGGUUACAAAUUCAUGAAAACAAUUAAUUAGAAGUAAAUAAAAAAUCUACACUCUCACAAGCGCAUAUAUAAAGUAAAAUACAUAUAUAAUAUAUGUAUGUAUGUACAAAUAUAUUCAUUUUCCACGAGUAUUUUGCACAUUUGAUAUGAAGAAAUGAAAUGAAACGAAAUGUUAGAAACAUGCAGCCCUUUUAGCCUAAAUGAUUAAAGAAAUUAAUUGUAAAAAAAAAUAAUACAAAAAAGCGCGAUGCAUUGGCAUAUGUUUUAGCUUCAGAAUAAUUAAACUAAGUGUAGACAGUUUUAAUAACUUGUUUCGUGAAUUAGUGAGUCAAUUGGUGCGUUCAUAUUCAAACAUAUUAUACUCGUGAUAAACUGCCGACAAAAAACCACAUUUAAGAUGAAAUGAAGUAUCCAUAUGAGCUAUGCCCGCGCUUGUAUUGUUGUUUAAACUAUCACGUAUAACGUAUCCAGACGAGAGUUGCUCCUAAAAAAUAUAUUUGAUUAUUAUAUGUAAUUACAUUAAUUGUAUUUUAAAGGACUACACAGGUAUUGAAAUUAAUAGUGCCUGGCACCAUUUGUGGCCCUCCUCUCAUAAUAUUUUAAAUAAAAUUUAAGAAAAUAAUAUUAGAAUUAUUAUAAAUAAAACUACAUUAUUGUAUCAUUUAUGUAGGAUACUAAUGUUAUUUUCUUGAAAUCUUUAAUUAACAUAAAUAGUGUUUCGAAUCAGUGUAUAUGAUCGAUAGAUAGUGGUUAUACAUAUGAGUUGAAAACAAUAUUAAUGAUAAAAAAAAAUCCACUUUUAAUGACUAAUCGAGUCGGAUUAUAAUAUCAUGACUUUUUAUGAUGAUGAUCACAAAGUGCAAUCUUUUAGGCAACACUUUUUUAUCGAUCUAAAAGGUAUAAAGAAAUUGUUAUUUUUCAUAUAAGGAAGAAAUGAAGUUUGAUAUAUUAAAAAGAA